GUAGAGACAGAACAGCUGUCAGUUCAUUGGCCGUUCCCGUCAUCGCUCCUCCCCCGGAAGUGCGUCGCAAGGUCACCAGCCAAACAGGUCACUCGCAUCGCUACCAAGAUGGCGGCCUCCUUGUGUCAGUGUUACCAGGUGUGUCUCAGACGAGGUUGUGUCCUGUUAUCCCCUCGUCACUAUGUGUCAUUAUAUGACAGAGCGAGUGUGUACAGGAUAUGUGGACCUGCCGUCACUACAGCACAGACGAGGUUUAUGUCUGGCGGUGGAGGUCGGAAAGGCUUCUUGGGAGAGUUUCUGGACAACUUGAAGCAAGAAUUGAACAAGAACAAAGAGAUGAAGGAUAACAUCAAGAAGUUUCGCGAAGAGGCCAGAAAGUUGGAGGAAUCGGAUGCCCUCAAGCAAGCCAGAAGGAAAUACCAAACCAUCGAGUCAGAAACAGUCAAAACCUCUGAAGUGUUAAAGAAAACGCUCGGUUCAAUAUCAGAUACAGUAAAGGAGGGUCUGGAAGAGGUGGGUCGCACGGACAUCGGGAAAAAAAUUAAAGAAGGAAUGGAGGAAGCUGCCAAAACGGCGAAACAUUCUGCGGAGACCGUGUCCAAAAGCGGGGAGAAAAUCGGAAAGACGGGAGCUUUUCGGGCAAUCUCACAGGGCGUUGAGAGCGUCAAGAAGGAGAUCGGUGACUUCAGUCAGAGCGGCCCGUACCGACCGCCCAGCAGGCUGAGGAAGAGGAGUGACUUCUCAUCGAAGGCGGGCAGCGGCGAAGACAAAGUCUUCGAAGCAAACGAGGAGGCGAUGGGUGUCGUGCUACACAAGGAUUCGAAGUGGUAUCAGCAAUGGAAAGACUUCAAAGACAACAAUGUGGUUUUUAACAGAUUCUUUGAGAUGAAGAUGAAAUACGACGAGAGUGACAACGCCUUAAUCCGGGCGUCUCGCGCAGUCACCGACAAAAUGACAGACAUCAUCGGUGGGCUGUUCUCUAAAACGGAGAUGUCCGAGGUCCUGACUGAGAUUUUGAAGGUGGAUCCGAAUUUCGACAAGGACUCUUUUCUGCAGCAAUGCGAGAAGGAUAUCAUUCCCAAUGUCUUAGAGGCCAUGAUCCAAGGAGAACUGGAUGUCCUGAAAGAUUGGUGCUAUGAGGCUACGUACAGUCAGCUCGCUCAUCCCAUCCAGCAGGCCAAAGCCAUGGGUCUCCAGUUUCACUCCAAGAUUCUGGACAUUGAUAAUAUCGAUUUGGCGAUGGGUAAGAUGAUGGAACAAGGUCCCGUUCUCAUCAUCACGUUCCAGGCUCAACUAGUGAUGGUCAUCCGCAACGUGAAGGGUGAGGUCGUGGAGGGAGAUCCGGAGAAGGUUCUCAGGAUGAUGUACGUUUGGGCGUUGUGUCGAGAUCAGGAUGAGUUAAACCCUUACGCUGCCUGGAGACUAUUAGACAUCUCUGCUUCCAGCACAGAGCAGAUCCUUUGAGAAAAGGCAAUAAAGACCCCGGGACAUGAGGGAGGGAGGGGUUGAGGGCGUGACUCUGCUAAUGGGCGUGGUCACACAUCAUCUUGUUUUGCAUCACCCGGCCCCUUGCAGGAACCUUGACUGGACCUCAGUGUGGUUCAGGGGGAGACACACCGGGCGACGUUUAGGACGACGUGGUGACGUGGCCGCAGGGUCGGGUGCUCACCAUUGGACCCCUUCAGUCACGCUAAGAGACUUAGAGACUCAUUUUUGUUUGUGUUUCGUCUGUCUAACUGUUCAGAAUGAACUAUGUAAUGUCAAUUGGAUAUCAGGUGUCAGUUGAAUAGUUGCAAAACCUAAAAGUACUUAAUUUGUAUUUAAUUUAAUCCCUCCCUGUGCAUCUCAUAUUUUAUGUUUCUCAGUUCAACAUCUCUGAAUGGCAUAUACAAUGUCUUUAUUUAUAUACAUCACAUGUACGCAGAGAUUUGGCUUUGUUUGCCAUGUGGUGCCGUUUCAUCAACGCAGAUCAUGCAUCUGAGGUCAGCCUCAACAGUUUCUCCUUUUCUUGUCUUCAAAUAUGAAGCCGUCGUUUUUUUAUAGUUCAGCCCCAAUUCUAUGGGGCGAAACGUUGGGGAUUCACUUCAAAAUGUCCAAAUUCUUCUGACAUGUAUGUACAGGUAUAAUAUCGUACUGUAUCAUUCCCUUUGUAAUUAUUAUCUGGAUUAUGCGGUUUGCCUGAUAUAUAAAAAUGAAAUGCAAAUUAAAACUAUUCCACGCUUACUCCAAAA